CAAGCUUCAAACACUUUCAGUUAAACAACCCUCUCCAAAUCAAUUUUCACACCCAAUAUUUAUGUAUGGACAACGACCUCGAAAUGCGUGAUGCUCCCCCCGGCGCCGGAGCCCAAAAUCCCGGCGCCGAAAAAGUCGCCGAAAAAUCCGCCGAAAAAAUCGCGACCAGCCAGAAGCCCCGCCAGCGAGUUAAGGGACCCUGGUCACCUGACGAGGACGUGUCGCUGUGUGAAAUCGUGGGGAAUUUUGGCGCCAGAAACUGGAGCUUGAUCGCCAAGGGAAUUCCGGGAAGAUCGGGGAAGUCGUGCCGGUUGAGGUGGUGUAAUCAGCUUGAUCCUGGUCUUAAACACAACCCCUUUACUGAUGAAGAAGAUCGUAUCAUACUUGAAGCCCAGGCUGUUCAUGGAAACAAAUGGGCUUCUAUAGCAAGACUUUUGCCAGGAAGAACAGACAACGCUGUCAAGAACCACUGGAAUUCUACUCUGAAGCGGCGAGGUUAUGAAUUUGGCAAGUCUAAGUUGGAGCCUGGUGAUUGGCCAGAAGAUGCUAGUGUAGAAAAAUCAAAAGCAUCUUCAGAGGAAACAUUGUCAUGUGAGGAUGUGAACUCAAUCAAGUCCUUGGAGAAAAAUGUUGUCAACUCUGUGGAAGUGGGUGGUCAGAAUGGAGUCGAGGGUCAAGCGGAAUGUCAGAUGAGUAGCGAAGCAAAGGAUCCGCCUACGCUUUUCCGGCCUGUUGCUCGUAUUAGUGCCUUUAACAUGUAUAACCCUUUUGAUGGCCUGGAACCUGUUUUGCCACACACAAGGUUGACUAGCUCUCAAGAACCUGCGUUCCUGCCUUCGGAUCCAGAUGCUGGAGUCGGUAAAUAUUUGAAAGGAGCUUAUGGUGAGCGGUUGGUGCCUCAUCAAUGUGGCUAUGGUUGCUGUAGUUCAACUGAGAAAAUGUCAAAAAGCUCUCUGUUGGGGCCUGACUUUUCUGAUUAUUCAGAGCCUCCAUCCUUUUCUAACCUUGAAUUGGCUGCAUUGGCCGCAGAUAUAAGCAAGAUUGCUUGGCACAAGAGUGGAUUUGAGAGCAGCAAUCUAAAGGCACCACCUGAUUAUGUAAGUGGCCGAUUGAUGAUUACUGGGGGGUCUCAUGUCAAAAUGGGAUAUUCUGACGAGAGUAGGAAAAGUGUCCAUUCACAUACAUAAGCGGGAAUAAAAAAUCAGUGAAAAUGAUCCCUGAGUAUCUUCCAUCUUCUCUAAGCAGGCAAACUUUGUCUUGGGAUCAAAUGUUGCUUAGCUGAAUUUAUGUGAGUUUAGGCCGUCUAGCAUUGAAUUUUUUGAAAUGUUUAAUUUUCUGAUCUUACUUAAACCCCCUCCCCUGAAACGUUUGCAUAAACUGAUAAUAUGAAACUUUAAAUGUGAAACACACAA